UCUAAGCAAGGGUUUUUCUCUUUUCCCUUUGGCGAGUUCGAUCUUUCCUUAAGUUUUCUCCAAGCAAGGUUCAUUUCGGCUUCUACAAAAACACAGGAGGAAAUCAACAAGGUUAGGGACGAUGGAUGCAUCAACACCGACAUCAACGACGAUGAUUCUAGGUUCACUUCUUCUAAUUCAGAUGUUCCUUGAAGAUGCAGUUGCUUCAAUUGGGGAUUCUGAUGGGGUUAAUUUCAACUACGAAGAAGAUUUAAUGGAGAUUAAUGAUUCUAUGCUUUCUGAUCACAACAAGCAUCAGAAUCUAAUUCCGGUCAUAUCUCGUCCAGCGCUCAAAUUUUGAAUCGAGUUUCAGUCCUUAAUGUGGACUCAAUUGAAGACUCAAAACUUUCGAUCAACACAAAAGAAAAUGAAAUUGAGAUGCAGUUUCCGUCUAUCAAAUCAAAUCUGUGAGGCGGAAUUAUCAAGGUUGUUCGCUGCAGUCAGGGAUGACUCGGUGGAUCGUUAAGCUAACCCGGAUGACUCAGUCCAGGAAAGAAGAAAUCAAAAAGAAGUUCUAAGAAGAAAACUCCUCCUCCAUUGCCCAUACCUCCAUUACAAGCCCCUUUACAACCUGGAAGUAAGCUAAAUUGCAGAAAAUAUGGAGCUCCUCGACCAGUUAAGAUCAUAAGUAGUGUUGUUCUUGAAGAUGGGUCUUUUGAGUACUUUGUAAUUUACGUCAAUCCCAAUGCUCAUAGGAGGAACGAUGAGUGGGUUCAGCUUGCACAACUAAACAUGGAGUCUUUAAUGCCAAAUGUUGAAGAUGUUACACCUGAAGAGCUAUCUCGAGUAAGAACAGUGGAUUUCAUACAGCUGCGUGGAUAUGAGAUUAAGACAUGGUAUCCCUCACCAGUCAUGUCUGAAUUCAACGAUUGUAUAAAGCUCCAUGUUUGUGAGUGUUGCCUUGCGUUUACGAACUCUAAAACUCAGCUCAAAACGCAUAAGAAAGAAUGUCAAGGUAGAGACCCCCCUGGCCACGAGAUUUAUAUAGAUGGACGGUUAUCAGUUUUUCAGAUAGAUGGAGCUGAAAAUAAGGGUUACUGUGAUAAUCUUUGCCAUCUGGGUAGCAUGUUCCUUGAUAUUGGGAUUAGUUCUGAAAUAAUUGAAAGCUCCAUGUUCUAUGUCCUAGUUGUCCGCGAUGAUUUAGGCUACGAUCUGAUAGCAUAUUUUUCUGAGGUAAAACAAAUGAUGGAACCUUACGGUAGUUCUAGGUUUUUAUGUCUUCCACCUCAUCAAAGACGCGGUUAUGCAACUUUACUUGUUAGACUCGCAUGUGAGCUCAAAAGGGGGGAAGAUGCGGGUGCACUUUCAUAUUAUAGCAAGUUCUUGAAAUGGAUUCACUGGAGAGCAGCGAAACCCCUCCCUGGACAAUCUUAUGAGGACCUCUGUAGACAGAUGAAAAUACCAUCUGAAGAUAAUCAAACCACAGUACAAGAGCUGAAGAGACUUGAGAGAGAACAACUUAAGUUCACCUAUCAUUUCAGUCUACUCACUGGGAACCAGGAUGUUUUGCAGACAGGCAUUGAACUUCGCAAUACCGAGAACCUCGAUACUGGAGUUGAUGGAUGUCCUGAGUUUGAUGUGGAUAGGGUGAUGUGGCCUCAUCAUCAAGGAAGGACGAAAGCUCUUUUGUUACUGUUUCUGUCUUUCUCGUUCUGUUUAGUAACAUUUAUUCCUCGCUUUUUGUAAAAACUUUAUAUCAUGACUCUUGAGAACUAGAACAGAGCUGUAGAGCAAUGCCUCAGUUUUCUGUUUGACUGAAAGCAUUCUCUGAAUUUUAUAUAGAGUGAUGUAUGCUUUGUCAGACUAUAAUAAAAAAAUUUACCUUUUGGUUCUGGUUUUUCAAAA